AUGGAGAUGACGUUAUCUCAUGGGCUGGAGAAGAUACUUCCAGGGAAGACGUUAGACUUAGACGGUGCGGAACUAGCUUCGCCGGAAGACGAAGCCUUGUUGGCGACCAUGAGCAAAGUGUUGCUGACGAGCAGGCAGCCGCCGCUGUACGUGUUCACGGGGGUGAACGACUUAUGCAACUUUGUGUCAACCCUGCAACUUGUCUCAGGCACCCCGCUGUCAGCGAUGCCGGUGCACUGGGCGCCCGAGGAGCCGGACAACGUCAACCACGGCGACAACUGCCUGGUCCUGCAGCGCAACGGCCUGCUUCGCGACGCCAAAUGCGACGACGUCUACCCCUUCAUCUGCUACAAGAGGCAGACAACGAGCGGGUUUAAUUUCUGCGGCACUGAUACAGAUUAUAUAUAUGACAAGAGCACGAAAUCCUGUUACAAGUUCCACACCGAAGUAGCAACAUGGCACGAGGCCUACGCCACCUGUUCCCGCGAGGCCGGACACCUGGCUAUUGCCAACAGCGAUGUAGAGGCGAAGGCCCUUAGUCGCAUGUUUCCUAAGGACUGGAAUGUGGCCGCCAUAGGUUUCAGUUACUGGAGAAAGGACUUGUGGGUGACUAUUCAUGGUGAAACCUUAUCAGAAGCAGGCUACGAAACCUGGGGUAAGGGGGAACCGAACGACUGGCAGGGCCAGCGCUGCGGAGCAGUCUUCGCUGACGGAACCCUCGAUGACAUCGGCUGCCUCCGCUUGAGCGGCUAUAUUUGUGAAAAGAAGUCCAUCUACGUAUAA